CUGUGAGAUGCAGCCAAAAGACAUGACAUAUAAUGUCAUUGGCAUUUGGCAUCCACAAUCCUCCAUCCAACAUCACCAAAUCUUCUUCAACCUCUCUCUACACACACAAAUUUUAUUCUUCUCAGUAACUUUGGUGCUGAUGGCUUCCCUAAUGAUGUCAUUUGCUCCUGCAACCACCACAGUGUUUGCUGCAACAGCAGCUAAGGGUGCUGGUGGUGCCAAGGAAGAAAAAAGCAUUCUGGAUUGGAUUUUGGGAGGGAUGCAGAAGGAGGACCAGCUGCUAGAGACUGACCCUAUCCUCAAGAAGGUGGAGGAGAAGAGUGGAGGUACCACCAGUGGUCGCGGCAAGAACACUGUGGCAAUGCCACAAAAGAAGAAGGGUGGUGGCUUUGGAGGCCUCUUUGCAAAGAACUGAACCAAUUGCAUUUACCUAUUUAAUUUCCAAAUGCAUGCAUUCUUGUCUUGUAUAAGUUAAUAUUUGCAUUUUGAGGUCAUUGCAUCUGCAGAACAUAAUAUAUAUAUUCAUUUUGGAUCAGUUACCAACAGGUACAAUCUGUUUCACUGUUUGAA